AUGUUCGACAGAUCUGCUUCGCGGGAGCUCUUUAAUUGUCAUAGAUACGAGGACUUCCUGAAUGGCGGAAUUAACGGAUCUAUAACAGACGAGCAACUUGAGCGCGCUGAGACUAGUGUUCAACCCUCGGAUGUAUUGAACAUGCAAUUUACUUCUGGUGAGAAAAUGUCUUUUAAAUACAUCGCUCUUCGAUUAGCUUUGCAGCCUCUGACAGGCCUUCAGGUACUACUGGCCUUCCGAAAGUCUCUAUGCUCACACACAAUAUGCUGUCCACCGCCCCUAUUCCACUGCUUCGGCCUGGUCAUGGGAUUUCUCGCAUCCUUCACCCAUGGCAGCACUAUCGUGCUUCCCUCAGACAGAUUCAACGCGAGGCAAACUCUCGAUGCAGUUGAGGCAGAGAAGGCUACUGCACUACUCGGUGUCCCCACAAUGUUCAUAUCAGAGCUAGAACAGAUGGAAUCACAGCCUCGGAGAAUCACAACCGUGCGUACUGGUCUCGUUGCUGGCUCGCCUGUGUCGCCUAGCCUGAUGGAUGAAUUGAGAGCCGAGAUGAAUGUCCAGGGAAUGCUUAUUGCGUAUGGAAUGACGGAGACGAGUCCCGUGACCUUCAUCACUUCCCUAGACGAUCCAGAUGACAGAAUGCUGACUAGUCUUGGUCGUGUUCUUCCCCAUACCGCAGCCAAGAUAGUCGACACCAAUGGAAACGUGCUUCCUAUCGGGGAACGCGGGGAGAUCUGUACGAGUGGGUUUGCCUUGCAAAAAGGAUACUACAAAGACGAGAUCAAGACACUGGAAGUAAUGAGACGGGAUGAGAAUGGCGUGUUGUGGAUGCAUACUGGUGACGAGGGAUACUUGGACGAACGAGGUUACGGUUUCAUCACUGGCCGUAUCAAAGACCUGAUUAUCCGCGGCGGUGAGAAUCUGUCGCCCAGCGAAAUUGAGAACCAGCUUCUCCGUCAUCCAAAAAUCAGAGAAGCGUGCGUGGUGGCAGUCAAAGAUAGGAUCCACGGCGAAGUAGUCGCAGCCUUCUUACAAGCGUGCUCACCAGAGAAGAGACCAUCAGAUGGAGAUAUUAGGGAUUGGGUUUUGCAGGAUCUGAGCCCAGUCAAAGUUCCGGCUUUUAUCUUCUGGCUUGGUCACGAUGGCGUGGAUGCUGAGUUGCCCAAGACGGGAAGUGGAAAGUAUCAGAAGCAUAUCAUUCGCGAUAUCGCAGACCGGCUAGUAAGAAAAUCAAGCACAACAGAGGAUUGA